CACAAGAAACACACACGAAGCCCCCAAUCGCCGAAACAACCACAAUCCCAAUCUCCCGCGUCACUUAAACACCAAGCAAACCACACCAACCGAUCAACCAUGUCGCUGAUCCGCCGCAGCAACGUGUUCGACCCCUUCUCCCUCGACUGGGACCCCUUCCAGGGCUUCGCCUUCGGCUCCGGCAGCAGCAGCCUCUUCCCCUCGUUUGCGAGCACCAACUCGGAGACGGCCGCCUUCGCCGGCGCGCGGAUCGACUGGAAGGAGACCCCGGAGGCGCACGUGUUCAAGGCCGACGUCCCGGGGCUGAAGAAUGAGGAGGUGAAGGUGGAGGUUGAGGACGGCAACGUGCUCCAGAUCAGCGGCGAGCGCAACAAGGAGCAGGAGGAGAAGACGGACACGUGGCACCGCGUGGAGCGCAGCAGCGGCAAGUUCCUGCGCAGGUUCAGGCUGCCGGAGAACGCCAAGACGGAGCAGAUCAAGGCGUCCAUGGAGAACGGCGUGCUCACCGUCACCGUGCCCAAGGAGGAGGUCAAGAAGCCCGACGUCAAGUCCAUCCAGAUCUCCGGCUAGAGCCGGGAAGUUCCUGGUCGCUCCUGCUCUAAAACCGUGUGUCGUCCGUGUGGAGUCUGUUGUUCUUCACAUUUUGCGUCCGAAAUGUUAGCGUCCGGGUACUACGACUUCAGCUGGUUUGAGAGUGGUGGCCGUGUACCGCAAAGCCUUGCGUUUUGUGGAUCAGCGUCGUGUUUGUACUUUGUACUAAACCCAGUUUCAAUGAAUUUCGAUUUGAGUUGCUAA